AUGUCUGAGGGUGUCGCACAGCUCAAGCAUGAGGGUUCUCAGCGGCAGGUUGUAGUAGCUGGCGCUGUCGCGGGCCUCGUGUCGCGCUUUGUGAUAGCUCCCCUCGAUGUUAUCAAAAUCCGCCUGCAGCUACAGAUUCACUCGCUCUCCGACCCACUAAGUGUUCGCGGCAUCGGUGGCCCUGUCUACAAAGGAACAUUUGGUACCCUCAAGCAGAUCCUGCAACAGGAAGGCCUGACGGGACUAUGGAAGGGCAAUAUCCCCGCUGAGCUGAUGUACCUUGCGUACGGCAGCAUUCAGUUUUCCGCCUACACAUACACGUCCUCCCUCCUGGAGCACCCUGCUCUGCCAUUCCACCUCCCUAGCUCGGCUGUCAACUUCGUCAGCGGCGCAGCUGCCGGUGCUGCUGCGACAACGGCUACAUACCCGCUGGAUUUGCUGCGCACGCGCUUCGCUGCUCAGGGAAACGAUCGCGUGUACAGCUCCAUCGCGGCCUCGUUGAAGCAGAUAGCACAGCAGGAGGGCCCUGCAGGGUUCUUCCGCGGCCUUGGAGCUGGUGUGAGCCAGAUUGUGCCAUACAUGGGGCUGUUUUUUGCAAGCUAUGAGAGUCUGAAGCCAGUCAUGGCAAGCUCGCCAAUACCCCUACCUUUCGGCACUUCAGAUGCCGCUGCUGGCGUAAUUGCUAGCAUCCUUUCGAAGACCGUCGUCUACCCUCUCGAUACCACACGGAAGCGCCUACAGGUCCAAGGUCCGAUGUUGGCGCGCUACAUUCACGGUAACAUCCCUGAGUACAGGGGUGUGACCAGUACUGUAAUGCGCAUAUGGAAACACGAAGGUAGGCGUGGGCUGUACCGUGGCUUGACCGUCAGUCUACUGAAGGCUGCACCGGCGAGUGCCGUCACAAUGUGGACAUACGAAAGAACUAUGGCGACCAUGGUGGCAUGGGACGAAGCGGAAGUAUGA